GUUUUGAACUCCGCUCUGUCAUUGGCAUCUGAUCUCGGCGUCCUUCGUGGCAACUGAUUUGCAGAUUAUUGAUAUUAUUGAUUGUUGGAUACAUCGAUUGAUCGUCUGCUUCUCCCAUCAUUCAGGUUUGACCCUUGUUAUCACACUCUGGUUUGUGUUCAGUAUGUCUUGUGUUCAUUACAGGUUUCAGAGUCGACUCACCUACGACUCGCUCCAGUUUGAGGGCCUCAACAUCACUGUGGGAGAGCUGAAGCGGCAGAUCAUGAGGCGCGAGAGGCUGAAGUUCUGCCAGCUGAAGAUCAGCAAAGCCCAAACUGAUGAAGAAUACACAGAUGAUGAUGCUCUCAUCCCUAAAAACACAUCGGUCAUCAUCAGACGGGUCCCUGCGGCUGGACUGAAGUCCUCCAACAGAAGAUUUGUUGGACAUCAAGCUGGACCAUCAGCUAAAUCUUCUCAAACAGGUGAUUCUUCACUCCUCUCACUGGAGCAGCUGUUGAAGACUGAGAAUCUGGCUGAGGCAAAGGCAUCAGAGGAGGACAAGCUAAAAGCGGUGAUGUACCAGUCCAGUCUGUGCUACUACUCCAGCAGGGCAGCAGCUCUGCUCCGCACAAGCGCAUCCGGAGGAGCACAGGGAUUCCCCGCAGCUUCCUGUUGGAGGUGGACGACCCAAACCGAAAGGGAGUCAUGAUGGACGGCAGCGGCAAAUACGUCAUUCCCAUCAUAGACGCUGAGGCCUAUGCUGCUGAGAAGAAAAAGAGGCCGUCCUUCUCCUGCCAGACCAAGCCACUGCCCUCCUCUUCCUCAGCUGGUGCAGCAUCUUCAGUCCAGGACGCCAGAGGGAAACGUUCCCGCUCCCCAUCUCCACCAGAGACGCACGGAGACCAGAAGAGACCACGUCACUGAGAGACCUUUACUCAAGAGACCUGGAGCCGACGUGAGCACAGUGUAUAUAUUGUACAUAGUUUAUGAAUAAAACUGAAUAAAGAUUAUAGCAGCAUAAA